AUGGCUUCUACAACUCCCUCCACUCUCCGCUGGGGAAUCAUCGCCACUGGUGGCAUCUCCACCCGCUUCAGCGAGGACCUCCUUGUUGACCCAAGCACCCGCGACGUGUCGGACGUCACCCACAAGAUCACCGCAGUCGGGUCGCGCAGCGUCGCUGGCGCUCAGAAGUUCAUCGACAAGCUCAAGGCAUCCGAGGGUGUCAGUGCUUGGGGUGUCAAGAACGGCGUGCUCGAUGACGCCAAGCCUUGUGGCUCGUAUGAUGACGUGUUUGCUGAUGCAAAUGUCGACGCCGUCUACAUUGGCACACCUCACACCUUCCACCAUGCCAACGCCAAGGCUGCCCUCCUUGCUGGCAAGCAUGUCCUCUGCGAGAAGCCGUUCACCUUUGACCUCGCUGAGCUGGACGAGCUCAUUGCAAUUGCCAAGGAGAAGAAGGUCUUCCUUAUGGAGGCCGUUUGGACGCGUUUCCACCCCAUCGCCUAUGCCGUCCAGGAUGUACUCAAGUCUGGCAAGCUUGGCCAGGUGAAGCGCAUGUUUGCCGACUUCUCCAUGAACUUUGAGCCUGACACUCGUCCCGACGACAACCGCAUGAUUGACCCCGAGCAGGGUGGUGGCUCGCUCCUUGACCAGGGGCCGUACCCCUCUGUCUGGUGCAUGCUCGCUCUGCACCAGCAUCCGGACAACAAGGACAAAGACCCCCAGGUCGUGUCGUCAUACCAGCGGAUCUACGAGCGUUCGGGAGUUGACGCCAUGAGCCACUGGAUCGUCGAGUGGAAGGGCUUUGCUGAGGCUCGCUGCCUUACGGAUAUGACUGCCAGUGGCCUUAGCGAGGCUACCGCUGUUAUUACUUGCCAGGAGGCUGACCUUGUCAUUGACUACCCUCCCUGGCGCCCGGAGAGCUUUAGCAUCGUGCCUCACUCCGGUGGUGAGCCCGGCUCGAUCAAGGAGAAGACCACGUUCAAGCACACUGUCCACGCCGGUGGUGGCAUGCACUACGAGGCGGACGAGGUCGCCCGCUGUAUCCGUGAUGGCAAGCUUGAGAGCUCCCGCAUGCCUCUCAGCGAGAGCCGUGUCACCCAGGGAUGGCUGGACGCUGUCAGGAAGCAGGGUAACACUGUCCUCAAGGACCGCAAGUCGACCGCCGGCAACUAG